GAUCCGUUUUAUUUACAAUCCUACAUCCUUGGCGAUGGAGUUCAGCUCUAUCCAAUCAAAAGACGAGUUGAGAUUAUGUCGGCCAAUCAUGUCAGAGUGUGGGCGGGACUUCAAGGACGUUUCCUCACGCAUCAUCAUUAUCCCAUGGACUGACUAGGUUGUUGUCGAGCAAGAUGGAGUUCCUUUUGGGAAAUCCUUUCACUACGCCAGUAGGACAUUGCAUAGAGAGAGCUACUGAUGGCUCCCUUCAGAGUGAAGACUGGGCCCUUAACAUGGAAAUAUGUGACAUAAUCAAUGAAACAGAGGAUGGCCCAAAAGAUGCCAUAAGAGCAGUAAAGAAGAAACUUGGCGGCAACAAGAACUACAGAGAAGUGAUGUUGACUUUAACGGUUCUGGAGACGUGUGUGAAAAACUGUGGCCAUCGUUUUCAUGCUUUAGUGACCAGCAGGGACUUUGUUGACGGCGUGCUGGUUAAGGUCAUUUCUCCUAAAAACAAUCCUCCCACCAUCGUUCAAGACAAAGUUCUCGCUUUGAUCCAGGCAUGGGCCGAUGCGUUCAGGAGCAUUCCUGACCUCACCGGUGUGGUCCAAGUCUACGAGGAGCUGAAGAGGAAAGGCAUCGAGUUCCCCACAUCAGAAAUGGAGACCCUCUCACCGAUACACACACCUCAACGUGUACCGCCUGUUCCAGAGGGCGACUCUGCUUUACACAAGUACAGCACCACCCAACCCAAAACGCAGUCUGUCCCACCACCAUAUAGCAGCCCCCCGGUCCUGAACAUUAACGCCCCUGGAUCCAUCAAUCCCACACCUGAACAGAUCUGUCGGCUGCGCAGUGAGUUGGACGUUGUCCGUGGAAACACGAAGGUGAUGUCAGAGAUGCUGACUGAGAUGGUCCCGGGACAGGAAGAGGCGUCUGAUUACGAGUUACUUCAGGAGCUAAACAGGACCUGCAGAGCCAUGCAGCAGAGGAUAGUGGAGCUCAUCUCCUGCGUUUCUAAUGAGGCGGUUACAGAGGAGCUGCUGCACGUCAACGACGACCUCAACAACAUUUUCCUCCGUUACGAAAGGUAUGAGAGGUUCAGAUCUGGGAGGUCAUCAGCUCAAAGCGUCAACAACGGGGUCCUCAGUGAGGCCACAGAAGAUAACCUCAUAGACCUCGGUCCAGGCUCCCCUGCAGUGGUCAGCAACAUGGCCAGUGCCGCUCCUACCAGCUUACCCCCCAACCUCACCGCUUCUGGAGGAAGGCCGACCUCCCCGGCCACGUUGGCCUCACGUCUGGCUGGUUUGGACAUGGGCGUGGACAGCGUCAGCAGCACCCUGAGUUCUCUGAACAGCUGUAAGCCCACGCCGGCUCAGGAUGACUUUGAUGUGUUCGCUCAAACCCGGACCGGAGCCAAGUCGGAACCACAGAAGAUGUCUGCAGCAGACGACAGUCGUGCUGCCGGUGGCCCUCCUCCCACUCUGGAUGUCCUUCAGUCGACUGCAGGGGGGGGUGUCCCGGGUCACUCCUCUGUCAUGGAUGACGUAGAGGCGUGGUUGUGCACCGACGUGAAAGGAGAUGAAGCAGAAGAAGGCGUCACCAGCGAAGAGUUCGAUAAGUUCCUGGAAGAGCGAGCCAAAGCUGCAGAGAUGGCCCCCAGCUUACCGUCGCCCCCAAGUGGUACCCCGGGCGAAGGACAGGGAACCCCCGGGAGGAAGAAGCCUGACAGACGGGAGGACUCUCUGUUCGCCAUGUAGACCCCUCCCACCUUUGACCUCUGAUCCGCAGCCUUAGACCUGACCAGCCGAGCAGCACCACCUCUCAUCCGUGUGCUUUCUGACUCACCCCAGCACUACAUUCGAGUUUUGCACAUGCUCUAAACGAAACGACGACAAAAAACACAAAUUCUGGUUUCUUUUUGCUGAAUAAAUGAGUGUGUGAGAUGAAAGGACGGUGGCCCUGAAGUUCAAAUCAUUCAAACAUAUUAAGGAUCACAACGACAAAUAAAAAUGUAAAAGUGACAUUUCAGAGAUUAAACAAAUAUACAAAAAACAAAACGUAAUUGAAGAGAUUUCCAGAAAUCCAAAUGAAUGAAUGUGAUCGUUGUAUCAACUCUCAUCUACAGUUCAGGCAAAACCUCUUCCUGGUUGCCUCUUUUUCAAAACUCUUCUUUUUUUUUCUAACAUUUUAUUUUUUAAUUUCUAAAAUGUUAUUUUAAUCACUUUUAUUAUUUGUUUUGCCUUUUUCAAUUUUUCAUAUGCUUUUACGUUGGUGUGAUUUGCACUUGCGGGCCACCGUACUUUUGCCCUGUUGUGUAUUGCACAGCUUCACAUCGCAGCUCAUUGUGAUGAAACGUUAUUUUAUUUAAAAAAGGGAAAAGCAGAGUCUCACAAAAGGAAUGGGAUUUUCUAGUAACACUAAGUUUAAUCUUAUUUUUCACUCUUAAAGAAAUCCCAACGCAGAACUUUUUGUUUAUGGUUGAAGUCUUACAGACAGUUUUAGUGUUGCAGUUUCUUUAGAAACCUGUCAGAACUUGAUUUGUAAAUCUGUAAAUGACAAAUGUCAAGUUUAAUACUUCAUGUGUGUAUAUUUAAGCCACAUAUAUAUAUAUAUAAAUAUAUAUGAUUGAGAGGGUAAUAUAAUGGGAAGGAGAUUGAGCUUUGACAAUGGGAUGUACCUGGCUGAGCUUAGUGGAAGGCAUCCUUUACACUGUUUUUAAUGGGAAGACGAAGGGAAAGAAAAGGGAAUUCAGUCGAGCGCCGUGGUUUGAUGCUUCUGCUGGUCACAGCAAAUCUGAGAUUAAUUAACAUGAAGCUGCUAUCCUUGCUAUCGUAUUCUCCUCUGUUUGGAUCUGAAUUGCUGUAGGAGGAGCUGUUGUAGCCCAAGACACGCUGUUAUCUGUGACUCAGUCGCUGUAGGUUUCAGCAAACUGAGGUUUGUUUUUUUCAAAAGAUUAAGCUUAAAGGACCAAGUACAAGAUAUUUUUUUCUUUCUUAUUUUUUUAAGCGUUAUAAUUUGUUUCUGGACGCAGAAGGGUUGAAUUUGGUGCAAAUAUGUCCCCCGGUGGAAGCACAUUCAUUAUUUUCCGUGUCAUAAGGAAAAGCUCGCACUGCUGAAGCUUUUUCUUUUUUUUUUUUUUUCUCCACCGACAUCUCAAAAAGCCUGACCUUUCUGCACGACGUUUGUGAUCAGAAAUGAGCUCGGCGCAGACGUGCCGCUUCAAAUGAGACAUUUUCCUCCUGACAACCGUAAAUGCGGCGUGUAACACAACACCAACAAGCUAAAAACAAGUGUGCACUUUGACGGCGGCAUCAUUUCCCCGCCGCCUAACACUUGGUUGACGUGUAGACUUCAAAGCACUAUUACUAUUUUUUUUUCUGAUCAGUAUUUUUGGUUGCUAAUUUAAUUUGGGGAAUUGUGGUGUUAUAGAACAGAAUGAAGAAAACAAAAUGUCAAUGUGUGUUUUGAUGUUUUUUGAUUCGUGUUUAUGGUGUUAAAGUUUUCCUUUUUUUUUUGUUUUUUUACUUGUUGCUGCUGGUGGAUGAAUUAUGGCGUUGAUCUUGUUUGUUGAACACGAACACAUGAACGUGAGAAGGAGGUUUCUAGUUUGAACUGACACUUUGAAAAAAAUGACUGAAAAAAGUUUGAUAUUUAGCUGGUUUUUCACUUUCUAAGCAUCAGAACCUGGAAAUUCUUCGCGUAUUUGGUUUCCUCUCGCCUCCCCUCUGUCUGUUUUGGUGUUGACGUGAAAUUUGUGAAACGUCUCAUCUCCUUAGAUUUGAAGAAGACGCCCAGAGAUGUUCUUGAACCGUCGCCACCUCGGAGGCGGGAGGGGGCGGGGCUGGAGUGUAUGAAAGCUGGAGUAUAUGAAAGCUGACUUUUUCUGAGCUGCCUCAUCAUCUUCUUUGUUGUUUGACUGAUGCAUGAACUCCUAAUAAAGUUAGCAUCUGUGAUCUGCA